AUGGCCGCGGCUUCAAUACACAUGGGCACUAGGGUACUAAGUCUACCUUCCACCAGUGCCAGCGGCCCAGCGACGCCCUGGCAGGCGUGCGGCCAUGUGCGCGGCGCGCCGCUGCUGCUCGCGCGCCGCCGCCCAGCCCACCGCGCCGCGGCCGGCGCCGACGCGGGCGGCCAGGCGUUCAGGUUCAAGUACGUCUACCAGCCCGGCGGCAGCGGCCUCCGCGGUGAGGACGUGGUGGGGCUGCCGCUGUCCGAGCGGGACCAGGAGUCGCGGACCGUUUGGGAGCUCACCGAUGACGAGCCCGCCGCCCCUGGGGAGUUUUGGAGUCAACAGGGGGCGGACGGCAGCGUGGCGCUGCGCAACCCGGCGGCGCAGCGGUUUCGCAUCAAGCAGGCGCCCCUCCCUGUGCCCGUGAGCUUCCCUGGCUCUGACUUUUGGGAGGUUGAGAUCCUGAAAGACUAUUCGAAAGAUUGGCCAGCGCUCGUCAGGGUGGACGACGGCACGUGGCACUUCAAGCGCGGCUUCUUGGCGCCGCUGGCGGACCCUAAGCUAGUUCCCUUCAUGUUUUAUCGCGGGCUGGAGCAGGUCCGGUACUCUGUGGGUGACCGCGCCUUCCAGGUGUUGUUUGCUACCGUGUACACAGCCGCUCAUGCAGCAGCGUUCUGCGCCCUCUGGGCCUCAGAGCCCGGCCUGUCGGCGGCGAUCGCGCUCAAUUGGGCGCUGGGGCGCCUCAGCCUCGGGAAGUGGGGCCUGCUGCUGGCGCUGGCCAUCACCGGCCGCAUGUGGAUGUACUGGACUUUCCAGGCCUGCAAGCUGGUGGACCGAGGGCUGGCCAAGAUCGCACCCCCGAUCCGCCGCUUCUUCUGGGCCAACUUCCUUCUUUGGAUGAUCUACCUGGUGCUCUCCCCCUCCCACCUCUACCCCAUCCCCAUCUGGCCCUUCACACCCGGCGCCUUUGGGCCCCAAGAGGCAUUCCAGUAG